AUGCUCACUAGCAGUUUGCUGCAGCCAUUCAAAGAGACCAUCACAAAGGCAAGUGAGACACCAGGUACUUCUAUUUUAUGAUUUGCUGCAAAGGGGUUUCCCCCCCUGUUUUAUAAAACUGAAAAGAUGUCGUGCACUGGCUCAUCGUAUGCUAUAAUUUGUCCCUGAAUAGCUAUCGCUGGCUGUGCAAAAAAUAAACGGCAAGGUAACUGGCAGGAAACAGGUGAUUUCUUCUUGCCAUCUUUCCUUGCCAGAGCUCUUGUGAUAAGCCGGCCUGCUGGGGCUGAGACCAAACAAGCAAGAGCUUCUUUGGGAAAAUAGAGACAAUGUUUGUUUUACGGGUGCAAUGAGAAGGCUUUUUCAUCAUUCCAGACAACAAAGACUUCCAUGAAGCUCAAGUCACUUCUAGGCAGUGAUCAUCAUUCCUAAUAUAUACGGGUAGGAGAGAUCCCUGCCUUUGCAGAGAAUUAUAGCGAGAAUUAAAAUGUAAUAUAUUGGCAAAUGGCUGGUUUUAAAAUGCCCUCAGGUUUUCAGUCAAUAUUAUUUAAAGAAUGAAAACUAUGCGGAGUAAUAUGUUUGUGUUAAGCAAUUUUAUUCGGAAUUGCAAAAUUGGUAUUCUUUACUUAGGGCUUUUGCAGGUAGCCGUACCCCUGACGGUCGUGUGUUUUCAUGCAGCAGCUGUGGUUCAGAAGCCACAUAUUGGAAGAACUGCCUUUGCAGUUGUUUAACGGCAUCUUUGCUCUCGAUAUAAAAUGGGGAAAAUUCCAGCAUUGCCCUCUGUGCAUGUCAAAUGAGCAUUCUUAUAUAACAUCAUCAUGUAUAGAUGCUGCCUUCCCUCACAGUACUUCUUCAUGGCUUUUGACUGUGAGACCCACCCACCCCCCAUGGCAACACGUUCCAUCGUUUUGCUUUGAACAUUUGUGCCUGAAGAACAUUCUAACAACCUUUGAAAGUUUGUGAGAUUUUAAAAUGACUAGCUGUUGUAGUAAACAAUGUCACUUCACAUACCGCAAGAACUUCAUGUAUAAUGUUUUGGUAACUUUAAAACUGUGGUUUGAUUUUGUCAUUUGUCACCUUGAGUUUUUUUAUGAGGAAAGGGGGGGUUAAUAGGGUGUUAAGAAAUAACUAAAUAGUAGCACACUGUUGAUAUUCUGGGUUUGUAAAUGAAUAAUUGCUCAAGUAUCUCAGGUGUCAAGACGUUUAGAGUUUGUGUGAGUUGCCAUAGUGGUAUUUUGCUACAUCAUGUGUCUGUCACAAUUCCUUUCUAAAAUGUUGAAAGCAAAUACUGAACAUGCAGAUUUUCAUGGCUGUAGGCUGUAGGCUGGCUAAAAAAAAGUUAGGAUAGUUUGCAGCAGAGAUUAUUAUCCUCAAGCCCACCUGAUGUUUGGGUGUCAUGAAACAAUUGUGCAAUGCUGAAACACAUUUUCAGCUGUGUGAUACUUGUACCUGUGAAAUAUAACAGUUCAAUUAAAAAUAAAUAAAAUUGCACAGUGAAGUUUGUAAGACUUGAAGUUUCACAGCUUCUCAGGUAAUAAUUUGGACACCUGUAACAAACCCUUAUGGGACGCGGGUGGCGCAGAGCCUAGGACUUGUUGAUCAGAAGGUCGGCGGUUCGAAACCCGCGAUGGGGUGAGCUCCCGUUGCUCAGUCCCUGCUCCUGCCAACCUAGCAGUUCAAAAGCACGGCAAAGUGCAAGUAGAUAAAUAGGUACCGCUCCAGCGGGAAGGUAAAUGGCGUUUCCGUCCGCUGCUCUGGUUCGCCAGAAGCGGCUUAGUCAUGCUGGCCACAUGACCCGGAAGCUGUACGCCGGCUCCCUCGGCCAAUAAAGCGAGAUGAUCGCCGCAACCCGAGUCGGUCACGACUGGACCUAAUGGUCAGGGGUCCCUUUACCUUUACUAACAAACCCUUAAGAGAUUUAUAUCUUCAGGCCUAAAGGUCAGGGGUUCCUUUACCUUUACUAACAAACCCUUAAGAGAUUUACAUCUUCAGGCACAUCCAUGCAACUGUAGACAAAGUAGCAAAUAGUAUAGGGCUAGACAUAAUUGUAGUAUUGUAUUUUGGCUAAGAAACCAUAUGAUAUUUGCUUGGCCCUGUGUCAGUUAUUAAUUUGUUUGCAGUUUCAAGGAUGUGACUAGAGAGGGGGCUAAUUAAGAUGUUUGGAAUUACCUGGGGAUUUUGAUGUGUUCCUGAUGCUGCUCUGGAUAUUCGGUAGAUAAAAACUUAGGUUUGCUUACCAGGAUGGCCAUCCAAAUAAUGUACUACUUCAAAAUGCUACUUUGUCUCUGAAUUCCUGUUUUCCCUAGUGAAGGAGGAAGACGCCACUAGCGAAAUGGUGAAGCCCUGCAUAAGCAAAGUGAUCGUUUUAGUGCCUUUAAUGCUUGUAGUUGGGCUUUUUUCUACCAAGCCAGCUACAGCCGAAGAAGAAUCAGGAACAACAAUCCCUGCUGAAAGUACGUACUGCGUUCUACCUAGUCUCUCACGCCAAUACCCCAAGGGUUGUUUCACACAAAUCACAGUUUGCCACUGGCUGCAGUUCCUUGCUUGAAUAUCCACUCAAUUAUGAUUCCUAUAUGUAUGUUCCUUAUGUGUGUGUCUAUAGUACACAUGUUUGCAUGCAGCUCCUAUUUAUUCUGUUGCUGCCAAUACAACACUGCCCAAAUCCUUCAGAAGAAGAAUCAGUACGCAAACAAAUUUGUGAACUCUGGAUAAGCCAAUAAGCCAUAAUAAUAGCAAUAAUAAUAAUUGUUUGUUUGUUUGUUUGUUUCUACCCUGCCCAUCUGACUGGGUUGCCCUAGCCACUCUGGGCAGCUUCCAACAUAUAUAAAAACAUAAUAAAACAUUACACAUUAAAAAGCUUCCCUAAACAGGGCUGCCUUCAGAUGUCUUCUAAAAGUCAGAUAGUUGUUUAUUUCCUUGACAUCAGAUGGGUGGGCGUUCCACAGGGCGGGCGCCACCACCGAGAAGACCCUCUGCCUGGUUCCCUGUAACCUCACUUCUCACAGGGAGGGAACUGCCAGAAGGCCCUUAGAAUUGGAGGUUGUUUCUGUCAGUGCAAAUUAUAUUACACAGACACACACAUGCAGUGCUUUUUGGGGGGGGGGAACGCAUGUGUACGCAUACCCCUAAACAUUUGUGAAUCUAAGUUUGGCCUCAUUGAGGGGCAGUAUUUCAAUAUGAGUAGGAAAGUGAGAGUACCCCUUAAACAUUUUUUUAGAAAAAAAGCACUGCAGACAUGCAUAUAUAUCUCAAGUUAUAUACGAACUAUUUCAAUUGAUUUGUAUUCUUCUGUAGUAGAAGAAUAUCUAUGGUGCCACACUCCCAUGUGAUGUGAAAACAUCAUCCAUAGUCCGAGUGUUGUCAGAAAUGCGAUUUGCAUAAGCUACAAAUUGUGAUCGAACCCACCACACAUCCUUAUAGGCUUUCCAUGUGUUUCAGUGCAAGACUCCACUGUUCUCCUGCUUGUUUUUGUUUCCCAUCUAUUGGCAUGAAAUGUUGAGGCCUUCUGCUAUCCUUCCCAGGUGUCGGAAUGGUCUGAAGAUGAGGACUGGGGAAUGCAUUCUAUGGCAGGCCAGCUUCUGUCUGGUGGAGAGCUGGAGGAGGAAGAGUUGCCCACCUUGUCCACAGCAUGUUCAGAAGCAGAGAGAGAGAGAGAGAGAGAGAGAGAGAGAGGGAAAGGAGAUGAACAGCUUAGGAGGGAGUUACCCAGUUAUCAGAUAAUGACAACAGAACCAGGAGGGAGGGGCAGCUAGUUGAGACGUCACUUGAGAGUAUGGGGGACCCCCCUCACCACGGACUCGGAAGUCUGAACGUAUCAGAGAGCAAAGGGGUCAGAGGGAGCGAGGAACGUCCAUUUGGCACCCAAAAUGCCGCAAAAGCCGGAAGGAGGAUUAGACUAGCCAACUGCCCUCCUUUCCUUUUUUUUUUUUUUGAAUGGGAUUUUUUUAAAAAAAUAAAUUUUUAUUAAAUUUUCCACCGUAAUAACACAAACCACAAAGCAAAAUGAAAGCAAAACAGAAAAGGAAAAAGAGAAAGGGGGGGAAGAAAAAAGGGAGGGGGGAAGGGGGGAACAAUAAACAAAUAGACAAUAAUAACAAACUUAAUUCUUCACAAAUCCAACUUUUUAAACAUCUUAAUUGACUUCCUCAAAUCCCUCCCUUCUGAGUUUCCUUGUAAUUUAAAAGUAACAGCUUUCCAAUAUCAUUAUUAAACUAAAACAAUUUCCAAUUAUAGUCAUCUUAUUCACUUUUCUUGACAUUCUGAAUCCCAUUUAUUUAAUUAUAACUUAAUUUGUCCUAGGCCUAUUUGUUUCUUUCAAGUAAUUUCUAAUUUUUUAUAUUACAAUAUUUGUUCAAAUAGUCCUUGAAUUUCCUCCAGUCCUCUUGAAACUCCUCUUCUUUCUGGUCGCGGAUUCUUCCAGUCAGGUCAGCUAACUCCGAAAAGUCCAUCAUCUUCAUCUGCCAAUCUUCCACUGUUGGUAGUUCUUGUGUUUUCCAAUUUUUAGCAAGUAAUAUUCAAGUGCCCUCCUUUCCUUGCGGAGAGCUGUGUGCUUGUGCUUGCAACAUGAUGCUGUAAUAAAAGGACUAUAAAUCUAUCAACUGCUUGUUAAUUCUUAUCUGUGCAGUUCCUACAGCGAUGGGAGGACUGAUACCAAGGAAACCACUGAAUUUCAGAUAGGCAGACCCCUGGUUCCAGCUAAUAAGAGAAGUCCGGUCCUCCUGUGGAUCAGGAACUGGCUAAGUUGCCGGAAGCAAAGGGUAGCAAUAAAGGGACAGUUAUCCAAAUGGAAUAAAGUGGAGUCCCUCACAAGGAUUGGUGUUUGGACCUCUGCUUUUUAACUUGUUCAUUAAUGAUCUGGAGUUAGGACCGAGCAGUGAGUUGACCAAGUUUGCGGAUGUGUUCAGAGUUAUUGAAACAAAAAUGAGAUUGCGAAGAUCUCUGAAAGGACCUCUCCAGACUGAGCGUGUUAAGUUGUGGGUGAACAUAUCAGACGACACAGUGAUACUUCAAACAGCUCUUGUUUAUUCACAGGCCAGAACAGAACUGAACUGAAGGGUUCAGCCAGCCUGCUUAUAUAGCGCUCCACUAGAACGUAACAGUAACCAUUUUCUGUAGCUAGCCAAUCACUGAACAUCACUUUUGAUCCCUUAUUUGCAUAUGUGGGCCUGAAUUAUCUACAGUAUCCCCCUGCUGGCCCAGGGUGAGAACUUCAGUACAUAACAGAGUGAAUGGGCAAUAAAAUGGCAAAUGCAACCAACAAGAUAACAACAACAAUAAUUUUAUUAUUUACACCCUGCCCAUUUGGCUGUGUUUCCCCAGCCACUCUGGGUGGCUUUCAGCAUAGAUCUAGGGAGAUGGUGCGACUUCGCUGCGGGAAAAGGUUGCAGCGUUUGGGACGUUUUAGUUUAGAGGAAAGGCAAGUCAGAAACACGAUAGAAGUUUAUGAAGUUCUCCACGCAAGGCAUGGAGAAAGUGGAGCCAGAGAGAAAGGUCCCCCCGCCUCCUCUCUCAUAACGCUAGAACUCUUAGACAUCCAACGAGCCUGCAUGGUGUAGUGGUUAAGAGCGGUGGACUCGUAAUCUGGUGAACCGGGUUCGAUUCCCCGCUCCUCCACAUGCUACUGCUGGGUGACCUUGGGCUAGUCACACUUCUCUGAAGUCUCUCAGCCCCACUCACCUCACAGAGUGCUUGUUGUGGGGGAGGAAGGGAAAGGAGAAUGUUAGCCGCUUUGAGACUCCUUCGGGUAGUGAUAAAGCGGGAUAUCAAAUCCAACGAAGCUUCACGUUGAAAGGUUCAGGGCAGAUAAAACAAAGUUUCUUUUCAUGCAGAGUGCAGUUAAAUGAUGGAACUUGCUCCCACAGAAGGUACUAAUGACCACUAAUCUAGAUGUCUUUGAAAAAGGAUUAGACAAAUUCACAUGGAGGAGAGGGCUAUUGAAGGCUACUUCGCCAUAAUGGCUAGGCUCUGCCUCCAUAGCUGGAGAAUACGAGUUGCUGGAGACCAGAGGAGGGAAUAAUACUCCCGUGCUUGAAUCCUGCACGUGGGUUGCCCAAAGGCAGAAACUUGCAUGCACUACUUUGGGGAGCUUAUCUGAACUCAGGGUGGCGAAAGGGCAUGUGGCACUGGGUAUGUCUGCCUGUUUGACCAGCUUUUGUGUUUCCCGGUGACUUUUAUAUAGCUAAUUUUUGUUUCAAGGUGAGAUUUUUGCAUGUAUGCACACUUAACUCCCAGGCACAGGACAGCUUCCCAAGAACAUCCUUUGGAUGUGCAUGUAUCCCAUCGGCAAAUCACAAGGAACGUCCUAAUGGUAGCAAAAAUGAGGGUGGAGGGGAGAGUCUGUGUGGGAGGUGUUGGAAAUCAUCACCGUGGAAGGAAAUGGAGUGAAAGUACUGCCCAAAACACUUCAUUUGCACUGUUAUUGGAAGUUUAUCCAAAAACCGUGAAGCAUAGCUCUGAAUAUAUUUUACGGUUAAUAUUUACUUUAAAUAUUAGUGGUUUUUUUGUAAAGAGGUAUAAACUUGCCCUCUUGCUCUGCACAUAAGAAUUUUGCAGCAUUCAGCUUUGAUCAUAUCUCUCUCUUCCCAUCUCUGUGCUGGUGCCAUUCUCCAGACCGCAGCGCUCAAAUUCAGUUGCUAAAAACUCCCAAUUAUCUAACCUUUGCUGGUACAGUGGUACCUCGGGUUACAUACGCUUCAGGUUACAGACUUCGCUAACCCAGAAAUAGUGCUUCGGGUUAAGAACUUUGCUUCAGGAUAAGAACAGAAAUCAUGCUCCGGCGGCGUGACAGCAGUGGGAGGCCCCAUUGGCUAAAGUGGUGCUUCAGGUUAAGAACAGUUUCAGGUUAGGAAUGGAUCUCCGAAACGAAUUAAGUAUUUAACCUAAGGUACCACUGUACUCAUUUAGUUUGCAUGCUCAAUUUUGGUUUUGAUAUUUGGGUAGACUAUUUAUAUUUUGCAAUUCAGCUAGAGGUAGCAAUUUAAUCGGGCGUUUGAGGCACGUGCUGUUUCUCAGAUUGUGAGCCAGGGACUCCUUCCCAAAUCUGAGCGGAACCAGGAUGUUAUUUUGUGCAAAGUCAUGACCCAGUGGCAAAAUUGCUAUGUCAGGAUAGUUCACGCUGAGCCCUUUGCAGACAUUCUUGGGCAUUGUGCAAUUUUCUGCUGUGUCACAGGGACUCAAAAACAAAAGCUGAAAUUGCACUGAGUAUGGAAAAGCUAUCGGACUCAUGCUGUCUUAGGCAGAUUGCCCUAUAUUGAUACACUACAUAUUUCUGUGUGUGCUUUGGUUAUUUGACUAAAACAGUUGUUCCCCAGCCUGGACCCCUGCCAGCUCUGCUGGUUGGGGCAAGUGGGGGAGGUGGUUCAGAAUAUCUGUAAGGCAGCAAGUUAGGGAAAGCUGUUUUUGUCAAAUCAGUGAAGUCAUGAAUAGAAACUGGGUAUAUAGAGUGCUUUUCUCCAUCUGUCCAAAUACUAGGAAGUCAUUCUGUGAAGUCAUCCUGUGAAUGUUGGAAGACUCAGGAGGUACUUCUUCAGUGCAUAAUUAAAACAACAGAAUCUGCUGCCAAUUUUAGAUGGCUUAAAAUUAGACACAAACUUGGAUGGCUUAAAAGGCGGUUUAGACAAAUUUGCUGAGAAUAACGCUACCAAGCCUACUAGCCCAGACCCUAUUUUACAGGGACAGUUCUGGUUUUACAGAAGCCGUCCCAGUUUCUGAUCUGGUCCCAGAAUGCCCCGCUUUUCCUUAAAAAGGUAAAGGUAAAGGAGCCCUGACAGUUAAGUCCAGUCGCAAACGACUCUGGGGUUGCGGCGCUCAUCUCACUUUACUGGCCAAGGGAGCCGGCGUUUGUCUGCAGACUGUUUUUCCAUGUCAUGUGGGCAGCAUGACUAGGCCGCUUCUGGCAAAACCAGAGCAGCGCACGGAAACGCCGUUUACCUUCCCGCCGGAGUGGUACCUAUUUAUCUACUUGCACUUUGAGGUGCUUUCGAACUGCUAGGUUGGCAGGAGCUGGGACCGAGCAAUGGGAGCACACCCCGUCGCUGGGAUUCGAACCACCGACCUUCUGAUCGGCAAGCCCAAGAGGCUCAGUGGUUUAGACCACAGCGCCACCCGCGUCCUCCGCUUUUCCUUAGUACGUCCCUAUUUUCGUUGGAGGGUUUGGAGUUAGCCGAUCCCCCAGACAUCUGAAGGCAGCCCUGUAUAGGGAAGUUUUUUAAAUGUUUAAUGUUAUAUUAUGUUUUUAUUUAUGUUGGAAUCUACCCAGAGUGACUGGGGCAACCCAGUCAGAUGAGGGGUAUUAUGAUUGUUGUUGUUGUUGACUAGGACAUCCCUAUUUUUAUCAGAAAAAUGUUGGAGGGUAUAGUAGCCAGAAUUGCUAUAUUCUACCUGCACUGGGGACGCAGGUGGCGCUGUUGGUUAAACCACAGAGCCUAGGACUUGCCGAUCAGAAGGUUGGCGGUUCAAAUCCCCACGACGGGGUGAGCUCCCAUUGCUCAGUCCCUGCUCCUGCCAACCUAGCAGUUCGAAAGCACAUCAAAGUGCAAGUAGAUAAAUAGGUACCGCUCUGGUAGGAAGGUAAACGGCAUUUCCGUGCGCCGCUCUGGUUCGCCAGAAGCGGCUUAGUCAUGCUGGCCACAUGACCCGGAAGCUGUACGCCGGCUCCCUCGGCCAAUAAAGCGAGAUGAGCGCCGCAACCCCAGAGUCGGCCACCACUGGACCUAAUGGUCAGGGGUCCCUUUACCUUUACCUGCACUGUCAGAAGUGAUGCGUCUCAGAGAGCCAUUUGCCAGGCAACACAAGUAGGGUGAGUGAUGUUGUGCUGUGGUUCUGCAUGUGGACUUUUCAUAGGCAUCUGGUUGGUCCCUGUGAGAAGAACAGGAUGGAUUAUGCUUGAGCUUUGGUUUGGCCCAGCAGGCUCUUAUGCCGUUGUUUUCAUUUCCAUUAAUAUUUCGUGCUUGUCUGCUAACAUUUCUCCACCCUUAGGUCGCCCAUGUGUUGACUGCCACGCAUUUGAGUUCAUGCAGAGGGCUUUGCAAGAUUUAAAGAAAACGGCAUACAACUUAGACUCACGGGUAAGGCUUGUAACUUAAUAUGGGCACAACAUGUUUUUGUUUCUUUUAAUGCUCUUCCAAAAGAGAGCAAUUGUGUGUGGGGUGUGUGUGUGUGUGUGUGAUCUUUCCCCCUGUCCUCUUUAUCUCUCUCUCUCUGUCCCCACGUUAAUCGUUUGUCUCUACCCUUGUUGGUGCCCAUUUCUUGCUCUCUUGUCCCAUUGUGUGUGAACUCUUGCCCAUGCCCAGAAAUCAGUGAACCAUCCAAAAGGUUUUAAUAGUUUGCAAACCGGCACACAACGCCAGCUCCAGGAAAAGCAAAAUGUUUUAAAGACUGGUUUGGAAUUUAAAGUGUUUUGAAUUGAAUGUGGAACAAAGAUUGGGUCAUCUAACGUGGAAGUGCAGAGGCUCGCAAUAUCAGAAAAGCAAAAAUUCUUAGUGAGUUCCAGUGUGUUCCUCAAGACCCACUUACUUACCCAGCCAAAAAGAAAACCUGCGUUGGGGGAUUAUUGGCUUAUUUAUUUAUUAUGCGUGUUCAUGUUCUGCACCUUCAGGCAAGCAUGACUUUUUCUUAAACUAUGUGCUUCAGUUCAACUGUUUAAUAUUCAGAGACGGCAGAAGCUGAGGAAGCCCUUUGUGAAAUCUGAGCAGGGAGAAAGUAUGAACUCAUCAACAAUCUGCAUGCAGCCUGUUUUGAAGCCAGUUUCCAAAUAAUUUAACCUGACGUGACUUUCCUGAAAGAACUUAGGGGGCAUGGCUUGCUGAGGAUGCUGAGAAUUAUUAUUUGAUAGCUUUGGCUGCUGCACAAAAAAUAGAACCCCAAACGUUCUACAACCAGACGCCGUAAGAAUUAAACAGAUAUAAAAUGUCCAUAUAGCACCAACACACUGCUCUGAAAACAAUAAGUACAGUAGUUCUCACAGAAUGGGGGUUUCGUCUAACUCUCUGAUUUCAGUAUUGGUUCCCAAGCUGCUUUCAAGUACAUACUCAAUUAAGCAGAACAGCAAUGGUUACUAUAGUUGUUAACUGGAUUCAAAGUUUGCCUGGCAACAGCAGAGGCUGCAAACACACCCUCCAUUGGCUGAGUGGAUUACCACAGAUCCCACAUUUCAGCUCCCACAAAUGCUGCUGGUUAGAUCUUUUCAGCUGGAUUUUCACUCUUUUCCGUCCCUAAGAUCAGGGCCCUGGGAAUUUAAUUUGUUGACUGGAUGAGACCCAGAAUGUGCUGCUAAGCUGAGAUCUGGAAUACGUGCACUAAUAAUUUAGAAUAUUGCCAACACAUGUGCAAAGUACCUUUUUGGUCACCAGAGUUAAAGAACAGGAAUUCCAGGGCAGAUAGCAACUUUAUUUUGUGAGGGAAGAGGAAAUCAGUUCCUCAUUUCAACCACUGUUCCAAGCCACUUUGGUCCUUUUUUCUGGACCUGACUAAAGUGUCCUAAGAGAGGAUUUUCUUUUUUAAAAAAUUAGCCAUGAAAAACCUGGCCAUUAGUGUAGAGCCAGGAAAUCAGGCAUAGGCAAACUCGGCCCCCCAGAUGUUUUGGGACUACAACUCCCAUCAUCCCUGACCACUGGUCCUGUUAGCUAGGGAUGAUGGGAGUUGUAGUACCAAAACAUCUGGAGGGCCAAGUUUGGGGAUGCCUGCAGUAAGUGAAAGAAGCUUCAGUCAACGCACCACCUCCCUUUUUCUCUCCUAGAGAGCAAUCCUGAUCUAUUCCCACUUCCUUUGCACACUAACCGAGAAGGUUUUCAUCUGCAACACAGGAUGCUAUCGAGAGUUCAAAACAACGCCUUUCAUGGCGUCUCCUUUCACUUAAAUCAAGUGAUAUCUCUCCGUAAAUGCUGUUCCUUGCAGGGACACUACAAGGUUCUCAAAAGGUCUGGGCCCAGGGACAUAAAAUCGCCUAGCAUUUGCAUAUGCAGUAUUUUGUAGAAUUUGAAUUUUAACCAGAGUUGUGGCUCUCCCUGGAAAAUAACCACAGGUUACUGGAAAGAUGACGGAAAUGGACAUUGUUUUCUGGUCAAGGGUGCCAACUUUAAUAAAACAUUGGGGAAGUGUCAUGUAAGCCCUGCCCCCACAUAACUGAUCACAAUUUGAAUGGCAAUGCUCAUCAAAUUUGGGAGUGGUCUGGCUCUCUCAAAAAAAUUUUUAAGGGGGCCAAAGGGAUCUCAGCCCCUAGGAGUUGGCUCCUAUGUUCCUAUGCCUUCUUAAAUGGUUCAUUUUUCACAAUCUCUAUCAAUAGGUUUAAUAUUAGGAGGAUAAAAGUACAGUCAUCUAAAAUAAAGAUCUGGGCCUUAAAUUCCACAAAUGUUUAAAGAAAGAAACUAUACACACAGCUUAUCCGAUGAACUUUGUGCCCUUGUCAUAAUUCAGUUCAGUUCACAGCAGAACCUUAUUUAAGGUAGCAAAGGUGACAUUUUAUUUUAUUUUAUUGGUUGCAUCCAACUACUGUAUUUUUCGCUCUAUAAGACGCACUUUUUCCCCUUCAAAAAUUAAGGGGAAAUGUGUGUGUGUCUUAUGGAGCGAAUGCAGGCUCCUUGGCUUCAGCGAUAGCAACGCGAAGCCUCUGAAGCGCAGAGGGAGAGCUCCCCCUGCGCUCCAGAGGCUUCGCGUUGCUUUCACUGAAGCCGCUGGAGCGCAGCGCGAACUCCCGCUGUGCUCCGGAGGCUUCAGGCAGCUAUCGGCAAGCUUUCGGAGCGCAGCGGUAACUCCUGCUGCGCUCCGAAGGCUUGCCGAUAGCUGCCUGAAGCCUGGAGAGCUAGAGGGGCCGGUGCACACCGAUCCCUCUUGCUCUCCAGGCUUCGCUUCACUAGAGAGGCGCUGCACAGUUUUCCCUCUCUGCGCAGCGCCCCUUCAGUGAAGCGGGAGGAGAAGUGGAAGGGGUUCCGUUUCUCCUGCCGCUUCACUGAAGGGGCGUUGAGCAGAGAGGGGGAGAAUUUUUUUUUUUCUGUUCUCCCCCGCCUAUGGUCCGGUGCGUCCUAUGGUCCGGUGCAUCCUAUAGAGCGAAAAAUACAGUAAGUUUUACUCAGACGAUUGAUAUUAGUGGACCUAGCUGUCACAUCCAUUCCUUUCAGCCAGUCCUCUCUGUGUGAAACUUCAUUGAACACCACCCUAGAUGUGCUUUGUGUUGGCUGUCCGCGAGAUGGGCAAACAAGACAAGCGUGUUUGCCUCAAUUUUAACUCCUGCAACAAAAUUGCUGACACAUUCUUGGAGCUCAUUUACAUGAUAGCUAAAGAGCAAGGGAUGCUGAGUCAAGAUUUGCUGCUUCUGUUAUGCCACUGAGAUGGUAACUUGAGGACUUCACCUUGCCUGCAUUUCAAAGGAGCACAUUUAGUGGGAAUGAGAGAGAUCUGCCUUAUCCUUGUGUCAGGCCAAGGCUCCAUCGUUGCAGUAACCUUACUGUGCCCUUCAAUUCAGCUUCAUCUUGAUUAAAUAAUCAGGCAAGUGCUUAGAAGACAGGGAGAGACCCAGAAGCAGACACAUACUGUUAGCAUCACAGCGUAUUUGAGGAAAGCUGCAUUCCUAUACAGAUUUUGGGGAUUAUUUCUGAGUAGAUUUGAAUAGGUUUGUGCUGCAAUGCAGUUGCUUUCAGGGCUGAAAUCUCCUCUGCAACCACACCUGGAGCCAGCAGGAGACCCAUCAACUUGAUCUUCUUCCCCUAUAGCAAAACCCUGAAAUAACCCCCUCCCCACAGCUGAAAAUGAACAGGGUUUGUGGGCAGGGGCAGAUCUCCCAUUCAGCAAACUGAAACAGGGCCAGGACACCAAAAUGGAAGCUCAAGGAAAAUGUCAUCUUUUGAGUUUACAGAAACGAAAGGAUUGGACUGUAGGGAAAAUGCCACAAUUCUGUUCAGAAUUAUUUUGGUCUCUAAAUCCACAAGGACCGUCCUCCUGUCUGGUUCGGUACUUGCUGCUAGCUGAUUCCUUCUCGUUAAGAGUCUGUCUGGACUAGAUGGGGUGAUUCAGUCUGCAACUCCCUGUUGUUGUUGUUUAGUCGUUUAGUCGUGUCCGACUCUUCGUGACCCCAUGGACCAGAGCACACCAGGCACUCCUGUCUUCCACUGCCCCCCCCUCAGUUUGGUCAAACUCAUGCUGGUAGCUUCGAGAACACUGUCCAACCAUCUCGUCCUCUGUCGUCCCCUUCUCCUUGUGCCCUCCAUCUUUCCCAACAUCAGGGUCUUUUCCAGGGAGUCUUCUCUUCUCAUGAGGUGGCCAAAGUAUUGGAGCCUCAGCUUCAGGAUCUGUCCUUCCAGUGAGCACUCAGGGCUGAUUUCCUUAAGAAUGGAUAGGUUUGGUCUUCUAGCAGUCCAUAGGACUCUCAAGAGUUUCCUCCAGCACCAUAAUUAAAAAGCAUAAAUUCUUUGGCGAUCAGCCUUCUUUAUGGUCCAGCUCUCACUUCCAUACAUCACUACUGGGAAACCAUAGCUUUAACUAUACGGACCUUUGUUGGCAAGGUGAUGUCUCUACUUUUUAAGAUGCUGUCUAGGUCUGUCAUUGCUUUUCUCCCAAGAAGCAGGCGUCUUUUAAUUUCGUGGCUGCUGUCACCAUCUGCAGUGAUCAUGGAGCCCAGGAAAGUAAAAUCUCUCACUGCCUCCAUUUCUUCCCCUUCUAUUUGCCACAACUGUAGCAAGCAUCUCCCUCAUCUUCUCAAUCUCCUCUCAACUCUUUCCAAGCGCACACACGCGCACACACAUGCGCGCACACACAGAGCGAGUGGCUGGCCAAAGCUCGUAAGGCUGAAUGCUGACUUCUCUAAUUCUCUGCUCAGCUCUUCUGCUUGCUGUUGUGUUGAUAAACUCAGUUGCGUUGUACACAGUGCACAUUGAGCUCCAUGCAACUUGAGAAAUGAAGUGAGAUGAGCGCCGCAACCCCAGAGUUGGUCACGACUGGACCUAAUGGUCAGGGGUCCCUGUACCUUUACCUUACCACUCGGAUCCAUGAAUGACAAGUUUGGUUCCUUUUCUCCAGCUUCCUCGUUUGUGACAAAAUGCAGGAGAUUGUGAUGCAAUCGGUUUAUGCUAAGUUUGACCCGCCCCCAACGUUUAUUCCUCUCUCCCCUCCCCUUUCUAUUCCUACAGACGGAGACCUUGCUUUUUAAAGUGGAGAAGAGAACUCUGUGUGACUGUUUAACUGCAAAUGCAUUGAACUGA